AUGGUUCACGACAAGCCGGUCAUCGUCAUUGUUCACGGUGCAUGGCAACGCCCAUCCCAAUAUGACGCAUUGAAACAAGGAUUAGCUUCCCGAGGCUUCAGCGUUGUGCAGCCCGAGAGCGCCACAGCUGGCACUGCCAUCUCAGAAGUUCGCGGAAAGACUUAUCUAGAUGAUAUUGCUGUAAUCCGUGCGGCAAUGGAGCAGCCACUGGCCGCAGGGAAGGAGAUUGUCCUAGUUUGCCACAGUUAUGGUGGCAUUCCUGGUUCUGCAGCAGCGGAGGGCUACCAGGCUCAUCAGCGCCGUGAGAAAGGCUUGCCUGGAGGAGUCAAGCAUAUCGUCUAUUUGGCGGCCUUUGCACUCCCCGAGAGAGGGAUGUCCCUGUUAUCAGCCAUUGGCGGCGCAUAUGCACCCUUUAUGAACAAUAAGGGAGAUGUCAUUUCUUUGGGCCAAGGUGCUCAAGAUGCCCUUUUCAAUGAUUCUGACUCGGAAACCGCAAAUCGUUUGCUCGCUGGCUGCGUUUACCAGAGCACUGCGAGCUUGGAGACACCGUCGAUGUUCGCUGCGACAGACGUCUCGGUUCCCAAGACAUACGUUGCAUGUGAAAAUGACCAUGCCCUUCCGUUUGAUGCCCAAAUUGCAAUGAGUAAUGCGCUGGGAAACUUUACAAAUGUUAUCAAGGUUCGGUCCGGGCAUAGUGUGUACCAGAACAUGGAGGUUCUGCCUGAGGUCCUUGCAGCUAUUGAGACAGCAGCAGCUUCUUAAUUCGGACUUUGCUAAAUAAAAUUAAUUAAUUA